AUGUCCAAAACUCCCUCCUCAGACCCCUGCAUCUUCUACGGUCGCGGCGGCGCCGGCAACAUGCGCCGCCGCUCCUCCAUAACCAGCGCCUGGUCGAAAAUCGCCUCGCAGGCCUCCUCGAACCCCACAAAACUGGUGUUGACCUCCAGUCCGGAGACGCACUAUGCGAAUUCAAAGUCUGAGCGUCGUGUGUCGUCAUCGGCGUCGUCAUCGUCGUCGUUGGCGCGGUCGGCGGAGAGAGAGGCUGGGGGUGAGGGGCGCCGGAGAGCGAGUAGUUUGGGGUCGGUGGGGGAAGGGGGGAAGGGGGGGUUUAGGGGGUUGUUUUUGAGGGGGAGGGGGAGGGGUGCGGGGCGGAAAGAGUAG